AAAAAACCUUCCAAGGCCCCGAGGGGGACGGACGCUGGUGUCCCGAAACCCGCCGGUGAUUUUUUCAAAAAGCCGGAGGGGCCAUCGGCGGCCCCAAGUGCUGAUGCGACUGCCGCCGCCAAGAGGAAAGGCACGGGCAGAGAUCCCGAGGGCAAGAAGCCCAAGACCGGGGAUGCCGGGAAGAAAGUCCCCCCGGUGAUCAUUGUUGAUGAAUGCCCCGCCUCCGGGGCGCACGAGGAGAUGCCGGUGGCGAAAGUGCCGUCGGGUGUCUGGGGGCCAUCUUCCGAGGUCCUUAUGGUUUCCCUCCCGGCUGGUACGGCCGUAAUGAACGGCACGGCUGACCCGAGGGCGCUUCUGAGAGGCAUAACCCUCGAGAUUGACAGAGUAGCCCUCGGGGCUGAUGAAGAUCAAGCCCUCGAGGACAGGAUCCUCCGGUCUUCCCUCACGACCUGCAUUGCCCUCGGGGAGCAGGCCCGGCGGCUAGAAGAGUGGCGCCUUCGCCAGGCCGAGCAGGACGCCAAGAUGCGGGAGCUCGUCCACCAGAAUUCCGAUGUCGUCUGGCAGAUGGCUAUGCUGGAGGAGAGCCUUCGGCAGAUUACCCUGCGGGCGGAGGCCGCAGAUCAGGGCAGGGCGGAGGCUGAGAGGUCCGCAGCUGAGGCUUUGGAGAGAGCUGCCAGGGAGGCCGAAACCGCGAAGGUGGAAGCCGUCGAGAGAGCCCGAGGGGACGCCAUCUCGGGGUUCUUGGCAGGGGGUGGCGGGCUGAGGAGCACAAGCAAUGGCUGUCCUCGGUCGUCGAGUCCUCGGUUGACGAGUGGUGCGAUGGGCCGGGUGUGGAGUGGGUUUCCCGAAAGGGUAAACAAUAUUAUGAUGGGGGCGAGUUUUUCACCCAAGCCCUCAUCUACCGGAGGAUGGCUCGCUACUUGAAGAUUGAGCCAAAGGACUUCGACUCGGCGGCAUGCGGGCUUCCCCCCUGCAGCCAGACGUCCGCGUUCCUCUCCCCUCCGAUGUCGAGAGGCCAGACAUAGAGGAUACAG